UCGGUCUUGAAAGUAACAGCUGGUUAUGGAGAGAAUGGUAAGUGUAUUUACUAGAGAGCUUUAUCUCUGAUGUGUUGAACUUGUAGAAAUCUAGUUAUGAGACACGCUAAAGAAAUUGGUAAUAUAGUUUCAUUCUUGUUUUUGUACCAGUAUCACUUAGAAUAAUAUAAGGCCUUGUGCUAAUUUUGUAAUACAAACAUGUGUUGAAUUGAAUGUUAUAUGCUUCAGUUCAAUAAUUUCAUUACCACAAACUUUUUGUGUCUUUGUGUGUAAAAAAUUACAAUACUACUUAUACAACUCUUGGUGUGUAUAUUUAUUUUAUUGUCUUGAUAUGGAAGUAAAAUCUCAGAUUUUGAAUCUGUUAAGCAAAAGCUUGAGUAUUCCUUAUGUGAUCAAUUAAUUAUGUAGUCAAAAUAAAUAUGUAUUAUUGACUUGCAAUCUUUUAUACUUUAUUCGCCCCGUAAAUUCCAUAUCUGUGCCCGACCCUGUGCAUCAUCGCUCUCUGUAUCAUCAGGCAAUAAAGUCUUUUUUAAACAAGAAUUUCAGAUUGAGAAAAGAGAACUGAGAAUCGCAUCGAAGGUCAGUGAUUCUCUGCUUCAUAUGUUGCUAAUUUUCUUUUUCCCACCUUUUCUUAUCUAAAAAUAUUGUGACUAGGUACCCGAAAUUCUUACUGCUAGUUCCAAACUAGAAAAUAUCAUUUUUGAAAUUGUCAACUGUGAGGGUAUUGUGGAUGAUACUAUCCACGAUGAAGAGAAAAAUGGUCUGUCACAUAUGCUAACAAUAAAGGCUGAUUGGCUUAAUUUGGGAGAGUCUGUCCGGUAUACUUUCAAGCAUGGGCGCUGCAUUGUUCCUGCUAUUCCUUUAUCUCAAAUUGCAGGAAACUAUAGCUUCUUAGCUAUCCAUUCUCGCCAUUCAAACCUUAGUCUGAAUGUUGAGGUUCAUGUCAAACCUACUAUACCAAAUCCAAAAGUGGAGCAUGAUGGAAAAAACUUCUCCACGGUCAUUGAAAAUAAUAAAAAGGUCUUUGAAGAGGACCUGUUAAAAAUUGGCUCUGUAGUCCGAAUAUUGGAAGAAAAAUGUGUCAAGCUAAAUGAAGAGAAGGAAAAAAUUGAGCAAACUAUGAAAAAAUUGCAAGAUUCUACAGAACUAUAUCCAUUUGGUCUCGAAAAUCAGUUGUCCUCGAAAGAGGAAGUGAUGGAGAAUAUAGAAAAGAUGGGUAACUCUGCUGCUGCAGUUCUUUGCAUUAUUUCUAGGGGAAUUCCAUUCCAAGAGCCAGAAAAUCAUUUAAUGAAAGACACAAUAGGAGUGGUUGCUCUACUUGGAAGAGUUCGACCUCAUUGCAGCCAGCUGAGCAGGAUACUGUCAGAAUACUUGGGUGCAGCUCAAAUGCUUGCUGUUGUCGUUAGAUCUUUCGAAAUUGUUGUUCUUCUAGAAAGGUAUAAACAAACUGGAGAAGUUGAUCGCAGCCAUGCUAUUCAUGAAGAAGCAGCCAUUCUUGGCAAAUCUAUAAAUGGUCGAUUUCUUGUUAUAUGCUUUGACAAUAUAAGUCCAUUCAGAGUGUUGUUGACAGUUGUGUAUACUGAAUCGUAUCUUAUCAUUGUUAGAUUAAGCAAUCACUCUUUUAGACACAAUGGUUCUAUAUUUCAAAUGUCUCGAGCAUUGGGUAUGAUUCGCUCUCAUGCACUUUUUGUACUCAAAAGUGUGUCUUCUCAGUGCUCUGUUUGUUACCUAAAAAAGAAAACGUUCUGGUCCUAUAUGGUGCAUGCUGUCUCUUUCAUGUCUUUUGAUGUAAAAUUGCUUUUAUUGUCAGAUGCAUUUGAUAAUGAGAAACUUUUAGCUUCUAUGGAUAAGUUGAGGAAUGGGCAAGUAGUAGAUAUUCCAAACUAUGACUUCAAGAGUUACAAAAACAAUGUCUUCCCGCCUAGAAGGGUAAACCCUUCAGAUGUGAUAAUUUUGGAAGGCAUUCUCAUUUUUCAUGAUCCCCGUGUUCGAGAGUUGAUGAAUAUGAAGAUAUUUGUCGAUACAGAUGCUGAUGUUCGUUUAGCAAGGAGGAUAAGGCGUGACACAGUAGAAAAAAACAGGGAUAUUGGUACAGUUCUUGAUCAGUACUCAAAGUUUGUGAAGCCUGUAUUUGAUGACUUUAUUCUUCCUACAAAAAAAUAUGUUGACAUCAUUAUUUCUCGCGGAGGAGAUAAUCACGUGGCUAUUGAUUUGAUUGUACAACAUAUCCGUACAAAGCUUGGUCAUCAUGACUUGUGUAAAAUAUAUCCUAAUUUAUACGUUAUACAUUCAACUUUUUCAGGUAUCUGGCAAAUAUGGGGCAUGCAUACCCUCAUACGUGAUUCACAAACAACGAAGCAUGAUUUUGUAUUUUAUGCUGAUCGGUUGAUUCGUUUGGUCGUUGAGCAUGGUCUGGGACAUCUGCCAUUUACAGAAAAACAGGUGGUCACUCCAACUGAGUCCGUGUAUAUUGGUGUAGAUUUCUGUAAGAGAUUAUGUGGUGUGUCUAUAAUCAGGAGCAGUGAGAGUAUGGAGAAUGCUCUGAGAGCAUGUUGUAAGGGAAUCAAGAUUGGGAAAAUUCUAAUCCACAGAGAAGGAGACAAUGGCCAGCAUGUUUCGAUUCCCUCUAUGAUUGUCUUUCAUUUUUUAAUCAACAAUUCUGUCUACAAAGACAGCAGUUAUUCUUUGGGAAAAGCUAUCCUGGCUACUAAAACAGACAUGCUGCAUAAUAGCUUUUUGUUUGGCCCAGAAUUUGGCUUUGAUCAUAAAGCACACUCUGCUGCUGAUUUUUGUAGCUUAGUUGUUGACGGUAUUGAGACAUAA